CCUGAAAUUAUUAGACAAGCAGAAAUCACAAAAGAUAUUGUGCAAUAUUAUGUUUUAAUGUUAAUAAUGUGUUUUAAUCAUUGUGUAGGAAUGAAAUACAGAGAAUCAUAACAAGUCACCCUGGGACCUUAGAGUGAAGGGUGUACAGUAAAUUACAAUUAAUUAAUCAAUCAAUUAAACUAUAAUGAGUUCCACAAAGUCACAGACCGAGAUGGUGGCAUUACAUCGCUCACUCUUCUGUUCAUAUAUAUUGCAGAAUUAAACUAUUCUAAUCCAAAACGUACCCUCUGUUUAGCCCUCCCAGGCAAUUUCAAUUUAUUGAUCACCCUUUCAAUUGAAGCUGUCUCCUCAACCAUUUAAUAUACCAGUAUUCUGGUGUAGCUUCUUCUAAAUCCUCCAAAAACAGAUAGUUCUUCACUUUGCCUUCCUUUAAAAGUUGACUGAUCAACACUUUACUUCUCAUAUUUUUAUUGCUGUUUGAGAAACUGCAUAACACAAUCCAUUUCUAUAUAUUGAUUAUUUAUAUUCUCAGUUUCAUGAAAUACUACAUUCCAGAAAUCUUUUUAAAACUGCUAUUAGCUUAAGUCUUUGUUUUAAUUAUAUCUUGAAGUUUUAAAACACCUGUUUUUAAGUUUUGUCCUUUUUGGCAGGUUGUUUGUUUGUUUAAUUCAGGCAUGUCCAACAGGUAGAUAGUGAUCUAUGGGUAGAUAGUGCCCUCCUAAAAAAUGGGGCUUUCCUCCUCUGUAAAAUAGCUUACAACAUUGCCUGCACCCAAAAAAACAGGGCUUUCCUCUUCCCUAAAAAAAGCUUAACAACUUAACCCCCAAAAGGGGGUAGAUCACUGCCAGUUUUUAACUCUGUGAGUAGAUCACAGUCUAUUGGGAGUUGGCCAGCCCUGGUUUAAUUUAAAAUCAAGUGGUUUAUACAUUUUGUUAUGUAAAAAUAACAAAUAAAUCCACACAUUAAAAGCAAAGCUUUAAAUCAAUGAUUCUGACAGACUUUUCCAUCCAUUGUCCCUUUCUUUGACUUUGUUUCUCCCUUUUCCUCCCUUCUUUUCCACCUCCCUGAACUUUUUAAGGUACUGCAAGUUUCAGAGUGCAGAAUCCUCACCAGGAGAGGGAGAGGCUGAAUGGGAUCCUGGGAGGCUCUGUGUUGCUCCCUGUAAGUAUUCCCCCCGAGAAAACACUGAAAAAGAUUGAGUGGGAUUUCCAGGGGAGAAAUGGUUCGGGAAUUCAGCUGGCUGAAUUGAUGGAAGGAAAACUGCAGAGGCUCAAUCCAAGGGACAGGUUUGGUUCAAGAUUGGAGAUGGCCAAUGAGACCACCCUGAGGAUCAAAGACUUGGAAAUGGAUGACAGUGGGAAAUAUUCCAUUAAAGUGAGGUUUAUUUCUGCACAGUAUGAAGAUUACACCUUCCACCUCUCUGUGUAUGAACCAGUCCCAGAACCAAAAAUCCUCUCCCAAAUUGUCUCCAACAGCCCAGAUGGCUGUAACGUGACCCUGCAGUGUCAGGUGGCUGAAAAGGGGGAAAUCAACAUCUCCUGGGAAAGAGGGGACGCCUUGAGAGACUUCGGAGAUGGUUCAAAGUCAUACCACCUCUCUGGCAAUGGCAAGGAUCUCCACUUGUUCUGGAAGCUCAACUCCUCAGAUCCCAACAUCACCUGCCUGGUCACCAAUCCAGCUGAUCAGAAAAGCAUCUCCUUCAACUUGCAGCACAUCUGCCAAACUGAAGGUGGCAAACCAUUCGGACUGCAUUGGAGUGGGAGCUGGAGUUUUCUCAUCAUUUUCUUUAUAAUUUUGCUCCUCUUGGCUGGAUUUGGGAUAAAGACCUGGAAGAAAAGAAGAAAGAUGCCGCCCAACAGAGCUACCUCCAUGAUGCCAACGGAGGAGGCACUUACUGAGCCUCAGUACUCAGAGGUUGUAAAGAGGAGCCCCCCAGAAGGCAAUGAUGACCAGGUGAGAACUUCUUGCAGAAUAGAAUGGUGGGGGGGGGGGUGAUAAGACCUUGUUCGUAAGACCCCCCUUUAACCCCCUACCAUCUUCACUAUUGGAAGCGAAAUAUUUACACUCCACUUCUAUGUGUCUGCUCUGCAUUAAAACACUUGAGCAUGUAUUACUGUACUGCUCCUAUUAUAGGGCGUGCACUCCUUAUAUAUGGCACCCAUUUUAAUUAAUGUUUGGGGCAGAUCUGAGCUGGAUCUAGAAACAUUAAAAAAACGUUUCAGGAAAAUGCGUUGUAAACCUCAUAAGGAGAAAUCACGUUGUCUAAAGAUGGAGCUCUACAGCGCCAUCUGGUGUCACAGUGUUAUAAUGCAUUUUAAACCCCUUUUUUAACCAAU